CCCGGAAGUUGCGGCUAGAGGCGCAGGCGGCGCGGCCGGGACCGGAGCGGGCCCUCUCCCCACUCCCUCCUCCGUGAGGGGGAGCCGGAGCUGCUCCAUUGGAAUGGUCUGUAAGGAAAAGCUGCCUUUUUAUUCCAAAAAGCUCCAUCAGUUCAUAAUUAGAGGAUUUACCUAAGUUUCAUCUAAACAUCAUGGGAGAGAUUAAAGUCUCUCCUGACUAUAACUGGUUCAGAAGUACAGUUCCUCUUAAAAAGAUCAUAGUAGAUGAUGAUGACAGCAAAGUUUGGUCAUUAUAUGAUGCAGGACCCAAGAGCAUCCGAUGCCCCCUCAUAUUUCUUCCACCUGUAAGUGGAACUGCAGAUGUGUUUUUCCAGCAGAUCUUGGCCCUGACUGGAUGGGGUUACAGAGUUAUUGCUUUGCAGUAUCCAGUGUAUUGGGACCACCUUGAGUUCUGCGAUGGAUUCAGAAAACUGCUAGACCACCUGCAGCUGGAUAAAGUCCAUCUUUUUGGGGCUUCUUUGGGAGGCUUUUUGGCUCAAAAAUUUGCUGAAUACGCAUACAAGUCUCCCAGAGUUCAGUCGUUGAUCCUUUGUAAUGCCUUCAGUGACACCUCUAUAUUUAACCAGACAUGGACUGCAAACAGUUUUUGGCUAAUGCCUGCAUUUAUGCUGAAGAAAAUUGUCCUUGGGAACUUUGCAUCUGGUCCUGUUGAUCCUGAAAUGGCAGAUGGAAUUGAUUUCAUGGUUGAUAGGCUGGAAAGUCUUGGCCAGAGUGAGUUAGCUUCGAGACUUACCCUUAAUUGCCAGAACUCCUAUGUGGAACCUCAUAAAAUUCGAGACAUUCCUGUAACUAUCAUGGAUGUGUUUGACCAGAGUGCGCUUUCAACUGAAGCUAAGGAGGAAAUGUAUAAGCUAUACCCCAAUGCCAGAAGAGCCCAUCUCAAAACAGGGGGCAACUUCCCUUACCUCUGUAGAAGUGCUGAAGUCAAUCUUUAUAUCCAAAUACAUUUGCUGCAAUUCCACGGGACACGAUAUGCAGCUAUUGACCCCUCUAUGGUUAGUGCAGAAGAACUGGAAGUCCAGAAAGUCAAUCUCCAUAUCAGCAGUGAGCCAGAAGAGCAGUAACUUUGUGACUGUCAGCUUGGUGGUCUUCCUGUGUACAAUCAACUGUUCCCACUCUGCCUUUUUUUUUUUCCCCUCCUCCUUACAUUUACCGGUUAUCACUGUGUAACUCCCAACAGAACUGAGCUAUUCAAUGAAACACAGCUGAAGACAGUUGACUGCAACAGUGUAACAGGAUAGUUUUGUUUAACUUUUAGUCUCUGAAUUUAAGGAAGUAUCUUUGAGGACUACACUUUUAAAAACUGAGACACAUUUUUGCUACCAAAGUCUUCACUGUCCUGUUCUUAAUAGGAACAGUAUUUCGUUUUAUGUUUUCAUUUAGCUGUAUAUAUCGCAUAAACAGGUUGUGUACUUCAGUGCCUGCUCAUGGUUUUGUUGACUACUUGGUUUAAAAAUGAUGAAGUGCCAAUUUUGCCAUCACUUAUUUGCUUUAUAUGUUGAGUUGCAAGUUAGUUACUAUUUCUAACUGAAAUGAAAGCAUUACAAUUUUUAACUUUCUUGCAAGCUGUAAUAAUGGUUUUCAAUAAAACUUCAGUUUCAA